AUGGUUUUAACUCAAUCAACAAAUCAUAUUAUUAUGAUUCGACCAGCGUGUUUUUGUUUUAAUACAGAAACAGCUAUUUCAAAUGCAUUUCAAAAUGAUCAAUAUGCUGACUUAUCAUCAGCAGAUAAAAUUCAACAACAAGCAUUAAAAGAAUUUGAUCAUAUGGUUGAAAAACUUCGUUCAAAUGAUGUUCAUGUUGACGUAUUUGAUGAUACAUUAUCACCAAUAAAACCUGAUGCUAUUUUUCC